AUGUCCCUUCGAUCCACCACUGGGUGUUCCACGUGUAAAACCAAACGCAAGAAAUGUGAUGAGACGAAGCCAAAGUGUUUGAAAUGCGUCCAAAAGGGACUGAACUGCGAAUAUCAAUAUGUUGAACCGACAGGUCGUGGUACCAGAAUACGGACGAAGCCAGCACCCAGGCCGCCAAGCGAACAAGCAAAGUUACUUGCUAAACAGCAAGCGAGCCUGAAAGAGGCUUCGGAGCUCGUCAAUGUUGCAGAGGGUCUGGAAACACCUGCUGAGCUAUUCGAGCCCUCUCUAGCGCCCCCGUUGAGGCUACGGUACCCCCCGAUACGGACUGGAGCGCGCUCUUUUAUUCUUUCUCCGCCUAUGGCCCCUCAGUACUCACCAUUGCCAAGGAUUUUAACGUCAGGUCAAGCAAGCUUAUUCGACGCCUUGUUCAGCCUGGACAAGGACGGCUCUGCUUGGCGAGUGGAUGAUCGGUCAAACUCGGCGCUGUUAACCAGUUCAAAUGAACACAUGUCAGACCAGUCCAGGCCUACUGUGCACCCUCCACUUGACUUGGUUCCUGACACAGAUACAAGCGAAUAUGAAGACGACGAGGACGACCGAGGGCCUGGGGAGGCUUUUUGUCAAAGCCCAAUAGUAUUAGAUCGUACGGUGGAUAGCAAUCUACUAGUAUUUGUUUUACAUUCUUAUGCCCAAUUGAUGCCAUUGGUGAUAUUUGACCCACUCAAGCCGGCUCCAGGACCAAACAUACUGUGGUCGGCCGAUUUUUGGGAUCUGAAAUUUCCCGCUCCCGGGUGCUAUUAA